AUGCUUAAAGGUGAAAGAAUGCUUGAAAAUCAACUAAAUACUAGAACGAUACCGUCCAUUAUUGAUUCGUUGGAUGCAUUAUUUACAGGUAUUGAUACUGAAUCUACAUAUCCUUCUGCUAUGGAUGAUAUGAGAACUAAUUUUUAUCUAUCAAAUGAUUAUCUUGGUACUUCUAAUGGACAACAUACACUUUUUUAUCAAACAAUUAGUCCGGAUCAAAUGAAUAUAAAAAAUUCAAUAUCGAGUGUUUGUUCGAUUGAUUAUUGUCAAGAACGUUCAAGAAAUUCAUUAAAGAAUACUGAUGACAUUUAUUUUAAUUCAUUUGAAUGGCAUAUCAAAGAUACAUUAACAGGAAAACUACGGUCUCCAAAAUUAGAUGAAUUUCUUCAUUUAUUACUUAAUAAUUCACGUUAUAUUUCCUAUGCAUCUUGGUUAAAUAAAGCUACAGGUUUAUUUGAAAUUCAUAAUCCAACUAACGUUAUUGAACUUUGGAAGAGAGUUAAAAAUCGAAAAUCAAAAUGUAAUUUAAAUUAUGAUAAAUUUUCACGAAGUAUUCGAUAUUAUUACAAUAAAGGAACUAUGAUUGCAACACAUAAAAGACAUACUUAUUGUUUUGCUGUAAAUAAAUAA